AGAAAUGCGACUUUUCUCGAGCCGCACCUCCAAGGCGUGAGGCGCCGUGGCAGCCCAAGUUCCGAUUCUGAACAUGACGAACGCUCCACAGAAGAUGACGAACGGUCGCUCAUACGCAGUUCCCCCCGUAUUCGGCUACCGCCACCUCCGCCUCCUCCUCCGGACGACGAACCUCCCCCACUGAAGGCCAGGGAGUUCUUUGAGAGACUGCAGAGUCAAGCCAUGCGCGACUCUACGGAGAGAAAACGGCCGCGGGACCUGAUGAAGGAGCAGCUGUUCAGACCUGUGGAUGAUGGUAGCCUUGGAGACAGCCUUAGCCAGAGUCGCGAGAGCUUAUCUUCAGACGGCGAAGGAGCUAGAGGGGAUUGUUCCUCCGUAGACUCAUCAGGAUCUGAGGAGCAACCUCCGUGUGACAUCGGCCUUUUGGAGAGGCUUAUACGGACCCAUCCUGUGUGGUUCUUACCUGGGAUACAGAGGGCAGGCGCAUUCCAUCUAUUACAGGGGAAAGAGGAGGGAAACUUCGUAGUUCGCCAGUCAAGUCAGCCGGACACGAUGGCGAUUAGUGUCCGACUGCCGGCCGACAAGGGGCCCUACAUCGAGCACUACCUGAUCCAAGCUUCGGGAGGGCGAAUUGGCCUCGAGACUUCGCACAACCGCUUCGACAACAUACCCGAGCUGAUUGCUCAUUACUGUCAGUGUUGUGAUGAACUUCCAGUGCAACUUCAGUUACCGCGUGCACUCCGCGAAGCAAAGAGUCGACAUCAGCUUAGUUCCCUGACGCUUCUCGGUCAAGAGUUUUGGGGAUACCCUAUGGCGAAUCCAAAGAAUAAUCCAAUCAACCUUCUGUCACCCUGUCAACUGGCAAAUGGAAUAGUGCCAAUGGCCGUUACUCCAUCUGAUACAGGAUCUAGUCUAAGCAGCUUUAACGCAAGUACGGGAACGAUUUCUAGAGAGCAAACCGUAAGUUCCGAAAAAGAUAAAAACGUAGUUUUAAAAAUGUCACCGAUUGAACCACCUGGCUCCCCACCGAAUCAAAACCAGAAUGUUAGUACUUUCAAAGGAAGAACGCCACCGUCACCACCAGCGAAGCCUAAUAGUGCAUUCGUAAGAGCACCAAGGCCGACCCCACCAAACACUUUAAAUCUAAUGUCUAGUACCGCUCAUAUAACCCAACCCCAUACAUUUCCAUCUGCCAAUACACAACAUUCACCCACUUCCAACAACGCAAAAAUUACGCCUCCACCGCCGCCUCCGCGAUGGGCGAAACCUCCAUUCUCCAAACCUGCCUUGUCCCCAAAAUCCGAAGCUCUCGCUUUUAGUCCAAUUAAUAAAGCUUCACAGAAUGGAAACAUAACAGUCACAACAACUGUCACUUUUUGUGUUAAUAACACUCAAAUUCAUAACCACCAAAUCAAUGAGAGCAUACAAAGCGACCGGCUGCAAUUAACGCUUGCGUCUAAUGCAAUCAACAAUAACAGUUCCUCUGAUGCAGUAUUCAACAUUUUGGAUACAAAACCUUUCGCUGACCCUGAUGGAGAACCACAGAAUAUGAUGCACCGAAUGUCACCAGAGGGGGAGUGCAUCAGUGCAAUGACAGCUAGUUUGCACGGGAGCUUCAAAAAACAAAUAGCUGACCAUAAUACUACCGAACCAGGAUCGCCACUUGAGCAGUCCCAGACUAAUACUUCUGAUUGCGUUGAUCCUAUUGCGAAUAGUAUGACUAAAUCUUCAAGUAACGGCUUCGCGCCAAAUCAAGUCGUUUCUCCAAAUGGAACAAAUUCUAUAACUAGUGGUAUAUUUUCUCCGACGAGUCAGAUCAAUUCACCAGUAUCUAAUGAUACUAUUUCAACGAAAAGUGGCAUAUUUUCACCAAUAAGUCAAACAAAUAAAAGUGAAAUCUUCUCACCAGUCUCUAGAAGUUCUCCAAUUUCUGGAAAAAGUGUAUUUUCUCCCACUUCAAAUCAAUCCAUAGUAUCUCCAAUGAUUAACAAUAGGGAUAAAGUACUAUCACCAAAUUCAAAUACAACAAGUACCACACCAUCUGGUAGAUCAAGAAGAAGUCGACACUCCCAAAGAAAAGAGUCGAGACAUUAUCAGGAAUCGGAUAUUUUAGAAUCUCCAGGUGUAUAUUACAGAAGUUCUUUGAUGGACAAAGUUUCUGAUUAUGAAGAUAUUUGGGGACCAGAAAGUAACAAUUGCUCAACAUUUAAACCUUUGAAAUCGGAUAAUAACGACAACAAUAUAAAUAAUGGGCUUAUGAAAAGCAAAAAACCGGAUCUCUUGCCUGAUACGUUACCGAAAAUGAAUAACGCAAAGAGCACUCAGUCAAUUUUAGAGAAAGAAAAUAUUCAUAUACUCAAUUCUACGGAAAGUUUAAAUGAAAAGAAAAAUCUGUCUGAUGGAUCAUUAAAGAAAAGCUUUAACAGUUCAAAUGAUCUAAUUGCAACCACUAAUAGUAAAGGUGAUAUCAUACCUAAAAGACCGGACAAACUAAAUAUUGUCAUGAACAUGAACAAAAAACUCACCGAAGAGAUCGAAGCUUCAUUUAAAAAUAGAGAUAACUAUAAUAUUGAAAGUAUGGAAACCAUAAAAUUGGAAGACAGCAUCAAGGAUUCAAUAGAAAAUGACUCUGAAAAAGAUAAUACUGGCAGUCCUUUUUAUGCAGAUCCUGUAGACGCAAUCAAAGAAGCUGGGCUGCCUCAAGUCACACGGCGGAAGCUUAUUCGUGUUGGAAUGAAUCUCUCUCAACGGUAUUCGGAGCCUCCAAAUAAUAAUCAUCCAUACUAUCCUCUGAGAGAUAUGCAUAGCAUAGAAGAGCUAUCACCAUCUUCUCCGAAUACGUCUUCGUCGGUCGACAACUUAGUGCCUCUACGAAGCAAACCCAAAGUGAAACCAGUGCAGCCACCAAGGGUGACCAACAAGCCACCUACAGAUAAGAAUGACGAAGGUUCCAAUAGUGAAAGUGGCACGUUCCCAUCUCUGGUUGAACAAGAAUGCAGACUCAGUGCUGUGGAUGAUGGAGCCCAGCAUCUAACAGUUCAUCAAGUCGUUGCUCAAAGGUUACCAGAACUAAGACUGAAUUCUGAGCCAGUGGCGCUGCCAGAGGAGGUGCGAUCACCACCGAGAGCUUCUUGCUACGACAACGUACACGAUCUGCGACCUUUGUCAGAACAGGCCAGCGAUGACGGCACAGUAUUCUCAGAACCGUGGGACAGUUCUCAGUGGGAUGGCUUGAUACCACCCCACAACGGGCAGCAGCAAUAUGAUUCAGAAGGGCCGUGCGAAUGGGAGUCGCCUCUGCCAAGACGAGGGUCUGGCACGACACCACGAGCCAAGAGCUUCAGGGAUCGACUGGACCCAUUACUAGCGGCCGGUCGGGUGCGUGCCUUACGUGGCGGGAGAGGCGCGCGGGGCGCGGGCGCAGCUUUGCGGGCGUACGCGCUACACCUCGCGCAAGACAAGAGCACGACGUUCGCGCAAAACAUCGACAACUUCAUAGCAUGCACCCUGGACUCAAAGGAAACUUGUCCGCAGGUAAUGAUGAGGAACAUGAGGCAAUUUAUGUCGGGAAUGAAGAAUUAUCUGGUCAAACAUGGCGAAAGGGAAUUUGAGAAGGAAGUCGAAAAGGAGAGAUUAAAGCUCAAACCGACGGAAUUCCUCAAUAUAGACGCGAUAUUGGAAGGUGUGAUGCACAGGCUCGUGGUCAGACCGCUUCGGGCGCGACUAUACACGCUGCUCGCCAGCUGGCACGCCAACGACGUCAGAAGACUGCACGCGGCCAUAGAACGAGCCCAACACUCUACACCUUUACAGCUGGGAGUUAAGGAAUCGACGAAAGUGCCAUCGGCAGCAGUCCUUGCAGUGAUCUCAAAACACUUCCUAAAAAUGCAAGAGGCAGACUCCCCUUUGGACAAACUCGAAAACCUCCUGGCAGCCAUAUCUGUAAUGUUCAAUUCGAUACGCGGCGAACGCGCUCUGGGCGCUGAUGACUUGCUACCGGUCCUAGCGUGGACUGUAGCGCGGUGUCGACUAGUAUGCGGCGAGUUGGAAGCGGAGCUGAUGUCGGGGUUGUUACCAGCCGCGUUACUGGCGGGAGAGGGGGGCUACUACCUUACCGCGCUGUUCUCCGCCGUCGCUGUGCUCAAGCGACUGGCGCCCGACCAGGGGCCGGACAGCGCCACUCCUUGGCGUCGCGGGUCGUCGGAAUGGGCAGGCGGACGCAGCGGUAGCGGUACUGCAGUGGUGCGCGUGGCACUGCCGGACGAGUGCCGCGGCUCCAUCCGUCGCGUGGCUCUGCCGUGCCGGCCGGGCGCGCGCGCGCGUGAUCUGUGCCGGGCGCUAGCGCACGCUGCCGCCAUCACCAACCCGCAGGACUACGCGCUUUUCGUGCUGCACGAUGGGCACGAAACCAUGUUGAACGAGAACGAUUGCCCUCAAGAAGUGAUGUCAGAGAAAAGUGGACAGAACUUCAUUCUUGCGUACAAGAGAAUAGAUGCUAAAAUUGCGUGGCCCCAACAAGCUUUACUAUCUUACCCUUAAGAUUGUCUUAAUGUUUACCUGCGCAAUAAGUGAAGGCAGCGAUCUCUAAUAUUUAAAUAACAUAUUUUACAUCAUUUUUAGAAUGGGACCCACAUAACCAAUAAACAUGUUUGCUUUGUUUCAAAAUUGAGUAAAAAAUAUAUUAAUGCAUUUUUGCUAAGAAAUAUUUUAAGUUUAACUUUACUAGCGCUAUUGGAUUCUUUGGAUUUCUAAAGACAUCUUGAACAACGAAUAAUAAAUUACCUACCAUUUCAUACAUAAUUUUAGAUUUUGAUUCUUAUUGCUAACGUGAUUGACGACGUCGUGACGUUUGUUAACUACUUUUAAUGCCAUCGGCAUUUACCUGGGUGGUGAUACUAAAAAUUAUAUCCGAUUAUUUAAUCUAUUUUCGCCAUUUUUGAAAUAUGUACUUGAAAACCGACGCUUACCAUAUUUAACUGCCCACCUGCCCAUUCUUAAAGUGUUAGGAACUGUUUCAUCAUUUUAUAAUCUCAACAUCAUAUGGAAAGGUUGUCAUUAUACUAAUUAGGAACUAAGAAACGAAACGACGUACAUUUUGACAGAGUAAAGUCUAUAUUUUUUAUCAUCCUAAAAUAAUAAAGUGAUAUUUUCUACGAUAUUACACAAUUAUUGUUCUUAAUAAAACACUACCCCCUCAAGCUUUCAGAUAUUGAUAAGUACAUAAGCUUCUGAACAGUAUUUUCGAAGCAACGCUGAGCAACCCCGAAGCUUAAAAUGUAGCUUUUUUACUCAUAAACUAGUUAGUAAUGUAACUAUAAUGUAUCUUUCUACCUGAAUUUUUAAUCCGACUGAAGAAAUUUGAUUUCGGGAAUCGCGUGCCCGAGUUUUGUACAUUUUCCAUUGUAAGGUACCUUACUAUGUUUUUUUUUAAUAAUUUGUUUUACUGUUCGAUAUUUUGAGUGAGUUUUAUUGUAAUUAACAAUAUCUUCUGUAGUUCUAUUAACGGCAAGAACAAAUUCGUUGUGAUUUAAAAUUUCAAAUCACACCGCGGGUUCCAAGGUUAAAAAUGAGUUUGUCCUUAUAGAAUAGCACAGCUGUAUUAUUACCUAUUUUUGAUUUCGAGUGGAUUUACAAAAUGAAUACAGCCUUUAAAAGGCGAUAUUUUUUUCUCUCGAGUGUUCCUAAAUUUGCUUGGUCACCAAAAAUUGUUUGUUGUUUUCAGUUCAAAUUUUAGUGGUUCGGUUUACCUACCUAUUUUAUAUAUAUAUAACUUUUAGUGUACCUAACAAGAGGUUUUUACUUUGGAAAUUGUAUUUAUGACUUUUUAAACUAACUUUUUAUGAACUGUGAUGUAAUUUGUAUUAGUAUCGUAAGUAAUUUUACAUUGUAUUAAUUUUGUAUAUUCGUAGAGGCGACGCGUAAUAUAAUUUAUUUAUCCAUAAUUUUAAGGACAACUAUUUAACACAACUUUAAUAUAAUGGCUAAUAAGUUCUGGCGAUAAGCAUUCUUCUUACUUAGUUUUAAGUUUGUGUUUAAACGAGCACAAUUUUUAAUUGUCGUCAAGAUUUUGCAACUUAUGCAGACAUCUUAGCUGAUUUUACCUUUUUGAUUUUAUCCACAUCAUCAUCAUCAUCAGCCUAUUAAUAGAUGGAAUAGGGCGAUUGGGGCAUGACCCACCACGCGGGCCCAGUGCGGAUUGGCGGGUGCUAACGACUGCAGAUGCAGCCGGGACCAACGGCUUAACGUGCCUUCCGAAGCACGGAGGAUCUCGAGAUAGAAGAUUUUUCGUCACCCAUCUAAUGACCGACCACUGCGAAAGUUACUUAACUUCAACGAUCGCAGCCGAACGCGCUAACCACCCGCGCCAUCGAGCUCCUCGAACAUUUUAUCUACAUUUUAUACAUAUUCGUGCCUAACAGGAUUUGGAUUGUCGGUUGUUUUAAAUUGUGGGUAGUUUUGUAAAAUUUCGUAAAAAUCGUAUUAUUUAAUGAAUCAGAAACAAUAUAUAGUUGCUACGACACCAUAAGUUCACUGCCAGUUAGGAAUUAAAAAAAAUGUCGCUAUAACUUAUUAACCAUUGGUUUUCUCAUGUUUAGAUGGUACAGUUGUAGCUUUGUGAAUUGCCACAGACUUAUGUGCGGAGUACCACAGAAUAAUGACUUAUUCUGAAAGAUUACUGAAACCCAUUAUUUUGGAUGAAUCUUAAACAGCUCAAAUUGUUUAAAAACAAUUCUGUGGUGACAAAGUAAUAACAAUGAAAAUAAGCAAUAGAACUGCUUGUCUACUUUACGUAAUCAUAGACAAAAAUGUUAUUAUAUAAAUUGAAUUUAUUAAUGAAUUCUAUAAAUUGGAUUUAUUUUAUUAUAUCGAAAGCCUAUUUACCGGUAUGCGACCUAUAAUUCGAUCAAUAAUUUAUUUUUGAACAGAUUGUGUUUCUUGUACAGGCAGUUAGUUCUAUUGUUGUAUACAUUUAUCAGUGCAGUGCGUAUUUAUUGCAGUCUGUGUAUUAACGUUAGUUAUAUGACACGUAUAUUGUGUUUUGAUAACAUUUUCAGUCAUUUGUGAGAAAGUAAAGAAUUUUUACCAAAC